GAGAUCGCGACAGUUUGGGCUUUUUUAUUCUAUUUGUUUUUUUUGUUUUUUUUAAGUUAGAGAUGAAGGAGCAAAGACAAAAUUCGCGAUUAUAAUUUAAGAUACGUCCCCGCUAGAGCCCUCAAUGAAAACACCUGUCCAUACACUGCUUUAUCCUUUCACCUGCUCUAUGUUUGACAAACUCUUGAAAAAUACUGUAAAUCAUUAUCAAGAAAAUGAGAGCGCAAGUGCUAUUGCAGAAAAUGCUAGUCAAGGUAAAUGCGGCUAAAAUAAAUGAAAAUUAAUAAACUCGCAAUUAUGCUCGCUACAGGGGGCCCGUAUUACUGCAAGCAAUGUAUGUUGCAAAGGAAAAGCUUUUUUCCCAAGUAUUGAAUAUAAAAAAAUUAUAUCGCCUUUCUUGCCUUUUAAGAAGCCAUUCGCCAUUCUUUAAGAAACGGAAGUGGACAAUUAUUGAAAUAAACAGGAACAAUGAGAUUUUGUCAGCCAAUAGAGUACUUUUUGUACUAUUUCUUCAUUGGCUAAUGAGAAGGUGGGGUUCUUUUUCAAAGUGUAUUCCUAUGGAGAGGAACAUAAUUAUUCAUUAUUUCUUAGAGCUCAUCGCGUUUUCAGGUACGAAGUCUUGCUCGAUAUCAUCAAAAACGUGAGGGACGUGACAAACAUCGCUCCCCACUUCAGACCAAGCAAGAUGCAAGCGAUUCGGAAAACAGUUCUUGGUCUUCUUCUCCUCUCAUUUGAGCUCACACUAAAAAGUGCAUUCGUAAAAGCAAUGCCGUCGCCUGUUGCUUUGUACACCUUCUCUUUGCCAGACUUGUUCGAGGAUAUGAGUGGAAAUGGGGUUAAGCUCGAAAACGGUGGCCAAUAUCAAUUGACUGAGGGACCAACUGGUGAUAAAGAUGGCGCCGUUCUGUUUUUGGGGACAGACGAAUCACUCAAAAUACUUAAUAGAAAUGACAAAACAGACACAAGGUAUUCCAUCACGAUACUUCUGUGGAUACGGCAGGAGUCAUCGGGGCCAAUCUUUCAGUAUGACAAAGACAGCUUGAAUGGGGUACAUUUCUGGUACAGAACACCGACCCAAUUGUACCUCCAGAUACCAGAGCGCGGCACGGGUAAAAAAUACGGCGCUUUGACAUACAGCAACCUCCCUACCAAAACCUGGCACCAUGUGGGGUUCACAUAUGACUACUCCACUGGUCUGCAAAGGCUCUACGUAAAUGGCACUAUGGUGGCAGAGAGCAAUGUUGGCAAUCAUGAAAUUGCUACCAAUUAUGAGAUGUACUUCGCGAAAAGCUACGGUCUGAAAUUGACAUCAUCAAGUGGAUACACAUUAAGAGCCCGCAUGAAUUGUUUCCAAAUAUACGACCAAGCCCUCAGCCCUGACCAUGUGAAGGCAGCAAGAGAUAGGUGCACUAGAAAAGAAUUGUUCAUGCAGUGUUUCAAUUAUCAAGUAUUAAAGAGUUUUGUCGCGGCAAAGAACUACGUCUGGUAUGGCUUCAAAGGUAAUAAGGCAAAGAAAAUACGAUCCAGCUGCCCUUCUAAGUCGGAUUGCCAAGUCUGGAUCAACAGUACACACCCUUUAAGACCGCAAGGAACGGUAGAACACGAGCUGUGCGUUCGUGGGGCGAGUGGCUGCUGUGAACAGAAGGCGAGGGUGGAGAUACGACAAUGCUAUGGCUAUAACGUCUACAAGUUCAAGGGUCUCCCACCUCUUGAUGCACACAUCAUGAUAUGCCUCGCAACAGAUACUGACAACGAUGCGCCGGAAAAGAUAUUCGGGCCAAUGCCUGGUUACCGCCUCAUCAAUCACGUGAUCUAUACCGAAACUCGCGUCCCCUCCCCCACCGUUUGCAUCGGUUAUUGCCUUUUGGAUGACAAGAGAUGCAAGUCCGUGAACUACAGCGCGCGAGACAACGGAAUCUGCCAACUGAACAACGCUACAGAGUUUGACGGACACCUAUCAAUCAAUCAGACAUGGGAUUACUACAAGCCAUUACAGUUUAUUACCAUUGAAUAAAUCAAGCACAUCACAAGAAGAGUCGACACAAGCAGUAGCUGACCAGCAGUCAACACAAGCGAAAACUGACCAGCGGUCUAGAAGGCACAAGUGAUGAACGGUGGGGACACAGAACACGGCAGACAACCGAGUGAAUACUGACCAGUGGUCGAUCCUGGUGAAUAGAACAGCGCGGUCAAUGGACUGGGUACUGGCAAGUGGUAGACAAAAGCAAUAACUGGCCAGCGAUCAACACAAGUGAACACUGACAAGCGGUUGGUUCCAAGAAUAUACUGGCUAUCGGUCAACGAAAGUGAUUACUGACCAAUAGUCAAUAUAAGUGAAUUUUGAUCAGCGGUCAACACAAGUGAAUACUGACCAGCGGUCAACAUUAGCAAUGCAAACUUGUAGGGUCACAUGCAACAAACGUAAUAUCGAGUACCUUGCAAUAUAAUUCUUUUCUCAUCGAUGUAAUAUAGUAAACAAGUGUAAUUAAUGCGGGUACACCACAUUUUUCUUUGGCUGGGAAAGGAGGGGGAUGCUAAACUUACAGUUGGAUCAUUGUUCCCCAUACAUGGUGGUGCAAAGACAUGCAACUCAAUUUUUUGAGGUCAUAAUCGCUGAAAUGAUUAAACUUUGAGGUACGAUUUUUGGAAGGGGAGCAUCGAGACAUCAUACCCCUACCCUCUCAGUGUCAGGCCACGCCUUCUCCCACGGAGAGCAUGUGACGCCGUAUACAUUUAAUUUCAUAGUCAGUUUGGCAUUUAAAUUUAUAUCGUUGCCAAUGCUAUUGUAGCAUAUCAAAGAAUGUCAUCCGACGUUCUCUAUGUCAAGCUUACGUGACUGAUUUUGCAGUAGGAACUUUGUUCCAAAAUAGAAGUAGAGACCUAUUUAGAGACUUUAGUGUCGACUCGAGAAUGUAAAUGCAACACCACUGACCAAGGCAUGUCCUAGCCUCCUCCGCAGGCGUCUCUAAGCGUUAGAAACAAUCUAAAAAUCUUGUGGGUUUCCUGUGGUCGACAUAUUUUCUGGGCAAAAGUGAUGCCUGCGGAGGAGGCGAGGGAUGUCCCACUUUUAAGCAAAUAUAAAGUGCACUGUGCAUCUAAGCUUUACUCUGCAACAUCUACUCAUUGUAAAAAUUCCUGUGAGUUAGAAUAAAUUCUUGGAGUACCUUC